AAAUAUUUGGACCUGGGCCAAUCACAAUUAUGUUACGCUACAGGUUCAGGUGCUUUCCUCUCCGCAGAAUACUAUUGGACAGACGCCUUCAUGAAUUUCCUCCAUGCCAAAUUUUAAAUGGACGAUUUCAUAUAAAGAAAUAAACAUCAAUUUUUGUUCAAAUAAUGUAAUUCAUAUGGCUGACUGUUGAGGAAGGGUGUCUGGAGGAGAUGGAGCCAGAAAUCCACCAGAUGAAACGCAGGGGGAGGCGACGUACCCAAAAAGGUCCCGAGGAACAGGAUGGAGAGAAAGUGAAAAAGAGACGCGGCCGACCCCCGGCGGAAAAGCUGUCCCCAAACCCCCCGAAACUCACCAAGCAGAUGAACGCCAUUGUGGACACAGUCAUCAGCUACAAGGAUGGGUCUGGCCGACAGCUCAGCAAAGCUUUCAUCCAUCUGCAGACCAGGAAAGAGUUGCCUGAGUACUAUGAGCUGAUCAGGAAGCCAGUAGACUUCAGGAAGAUCAAGGAACGUGUGCGUAACCACAAGUACAGGAGCGUGGAAGAUCUGGAGAAGGACUUCCUGCUCCUCUGCCACAAUGCUCAGACCUUCCAUCUGGAGGGAUCCCAGAUCUAUGAAGACUCCAUUGUCCUGCAGUCAGUGUUCAAGAGUGCCCGGCAGAAGAUUGCUGAGGAGGAGGAGAGGGAAGAGCAGAGUGCUGAGGAUAACGAAGCAGAGUCAGAGUCAGAGUGACCAAUUAGAGGGUAGUGGGAGCGAUGAAGACUGACGAAGAUGAGAGCUGAUGUGCAGCUGCUUAUUAAUCUUGUGUUUAUCCUAUAGUUUUGAUUUGCUCCUUUUAAGAUGUUUGCUUAGUAGCCCUCUCUGCAACAGCUUUAUCAAGAAUAAGUGACAGUAGAUUAACUCCAGAAUUAGAACAAUCCAGACACCCAGUAGACUAGUAAGACAAGCAAGGUGCUUUAUUUGAAAUU